CCGUCUCGGAAACUCUCAAUCAGACGCAAGCGAAAGGAGAGGAGGCGGCUAAUUAAAUACUGAGCAGAAAGUCACGUGGGUCUCAAGGCUGAGCGAACCUGGGAUAAAUACCGCGGCAGCCAGCAGGCAAAAGAGCGCGCUGCUGACCUCCUCCACCGCUGCGGCGACCGGGAGUGCGGAGCGCCCCGCGAGCGCUCAGACCUGCCGGAGGAACCCCAGGGGCGGGCCAGCCGCUAAAUCCAACAUGAAAAUCCUCGUGGCCUUGGCAGUCUUUUUUCUCGUCUCCACUCAACUGUUUGCAGAAGAAGUCGGAGCCAAUGAUGAUCUGAAUUAUUGGUCGGACUGGUCCGAUAGCGACCAGAUCAAGGAGGAGCUGCCCGAGCCCUUUGAGCAUCUUCUGCAGAGAAUCGCCCGGAGACCCAAGCCUCAGCAGUUCUUCGGAUUAAUGGGCAAACGGGAUGCCGAUUCCUCAGUUGAAAAACAAGUGGCUCUGUUAAAGGCUCUUUAUGGACUUGGCCAGAUCUCUCAUAAAAGGCAUAAAACAGAUUCCUUUGUUGGACUAAUGGGCAAAAGAGCUUUAAAUUCUGUGGCUUACGAACGGAGUGCAAUGCAGAAUUAUGAAAGAAGACGUAAAUGAACUACCCAACGUGUUAUUUAUUGAGCUUCAUUUGUGUCAGUGGCCAAUGAAAGGUAAAAUGAGACAUGCACUAUGAAGAAUAAUUAUUUAUUUAAUAUGAAUUGUUAUGAGUUGAAAACUCAAAAAGUAUUUAUUUUUCAUAUUGUGCCAAUAUGUGUUGUGAAAAUGUGUUAUAAUUCUAAUAAGACAACCCCCUGAGAAGUAUAAAUCAGUGGUAAUUUCUCAACAAAGCACAGUGUUCAAUGAAGUUGUAAAAAGCUAUCAAUGAUAGAGUCUCCAAAGACAGAGAUCAUUUUUGUUUCUUGGAAGCAGUCACGUCAGCUACUGCUAGGGAAAGGAAACUCACAGACAGUCCAUGCUUCUCCAUUUGUUUUCAUGGUGAAAAUGCACUGAGAUUUGGUAUCAAACUGUGUUUGUAUCCCUGCAGCAUGUUUCAUGUUUUGUGACUAUACAGAGAUGUUUUCAAAGUUCUAAUGUGAUUCUAAGGUCUUUAUUUUAUUGUACAAUGUGUUGUGAUAAUUAACAUUUUAAAUAAAAGAAAAAAUGUCUUGAGAA